GCAGUGGAGCUGCGGCUGCGCCUCCAGCACAGCGACUGCACCGACUUCGACGCCCAGCACGCCCACAGCUUCCAGGCGGCGCUGCGGCAGCGGCCUUCCCUUCUGCUCGUCACCGUGUUCCUACUGGCGUUCCCCGUCCUCUUGCUGGUGGCCUCGGUGCGUUUCGCGUUCCGCGACUCGGACGACUUCGGCCCCUCGUCUGAGAAGCAGGGCCUGCCGGGCAAGGUGCUGGACUGCUUCGCCGCGCAAAACACGUGGCGCGCGCUCUGCCGCCACCAGAAGUCCCAGAUCCACUGCAUCCAGGGCGGGCGCACCAUCAACAUGAUCUUCUUCAUCAUCGGCCACCGGAUCAUUUACCUGUACGGCAGCCCACUGCGCAACGCGGACUUCGUGGAGGCGGUCUACUCGCGCUUGGACAGGAUGGUGAUGUUGAACGGCGGCGGCUUGAUCACCACCUUCUUCGUCAUCAGCGGCUUCCUGGAGGCGUGGCUGCUCUUGAGGCACUACGCCAAGCACCGCCGCUUCAGCGUCGCGUUCCUGGUGCAGCAGUACGUCAGCCGGUACCUCAGACUGCUUCCCGUCACCGCCGUGGUGCUGGCCAUCGAGACGCAGUGGAUGCAGUACAUGGGCUCGGGGCCCGUCUGGGGGCAAGUGGCGGGCAGAGUGGUGCGGGACUGCCAGCAGUACUGGUGGACGCACCUCCUCUUCGUCAACAACUACGUCGCCCAGGGGUCCACGCAGUGCAUGAUCCAGACCUGGUUCGCCGCCACGCUCCUGCAGAUGUUCCUGUUGACGCCGCCGCUCAUGUGGCUGGUGAGCCGGUGGACGCAGCGCGCGCUGUGGCCGGGCUGCCUGCUGCUGGGGCUGCUGCUGGCCGCCAGCGCCGUCGUGCUCUACGCCACCACCGUGCUCCUGGGGCUGACACCGAUCACGCUCAUGUUCCCGCGGGACCUGGUGCGACAAGGUUUCGCCAUGGAUCCUACGUUCAUCUACCAGUACUUGCCCGCGCAAACCAACGCCGUGCCGUACGUGGUGGGCCUCGUGACGGGCACUCUGUUUUACCUGGCCAACCGAGACAAGUGGCAGCCUUCUAAGCGGACGGCGACUUGGCUGUGGCUGGGCAUUCCCCUGGGCCUGCUGCUCCUCAGUGUCACCCUUAUUUCCGUGUUCCUCUUUUUCCGGCCCUCGUUCGAGGCCCGGCCGCUGCUGGACGCGGCCUACGGCCCUGCCCGCUGGCUGGGGUUCUCACUGCCUCCGGCGUGGAUCCUCUUCGUCUGCGCCAUGGGCUACGGAGGCGUGUUCGACCGCAUUUUCUCGUGGUCGCCCAUGUUGCCGAUGGGCCGCCUGUCCUUCUCGGUGUACUUGAUCCACUUCACCAUCAUCAUCGUAACAACGAGCACCACGCGCCAGCCGGCCUACCUCAGCGACUACAGCGUGGUUAGUCAAGGCGUGGCCGACAUCGUCAUCUCCUACGCGGCAGGUCUGGUGCUGCACUUCUGCGUCGAGGCCCCCAUGAUGAGCCUCCUGUCCAUCGCCUUUUCCCGGUUAAGCAGUUCAACGGGCUCCGCCGAGAGGGUGUCGGGGGCCGUGAGCGGGAAGGCCCCCGGAGAAGCCCAGGACGCCGAUGAAGUGCACGACAAUGCGGUCAGGACCUCGACGAGCACCACCAACGUGUGACCAACCUGCAGCGUGCUGCAAACCAAGUUCCUACCUCCCACGAUGCACCAGUGUCGAAAGGGUUGCCAACCUCAUCCUGCCUACUAAGCGGCUGAGGUUGGCAAAACAUUCGACAUUGAUGCAUUAUGGGAUGUUUUGCUUACUCAGGUGGCAACACUGCUACAAAGCGAGCCAAAAUAAACAUUAGUUCUGCAUCCCUA